GCGAUUUCGAACGCUUCGUCCGCCCGCCGCCAUCGUCUUCCGCUGCGAGAGCCAGAGCGAAAAAGCCGUUGCAUUUUUCAAUUCAUCCUACUGGCGGAAAGGUCGCUUUUAAUAUCGUAAAAAAUCAAGUAUUUCUGAAGAAAUUGAAUAGUUGGUGGUGGUGGUGGAGUACAUAGUGAUUUGGAAAUCGAGGUUUACAUUUUUCGAACCCUUUCAAGCUCGAAAGCAUGGGAAUAUUCCACAGCAAGAUUGCCCCAAUCGACAAGGCAAGCGAACAGCCGAACAACUUUGACGAUCCGCGUUCGCCAACCGUCAACAUCAAUCGAAGUCCCAUCGGAGCUGAGCCCAUUCCGGAUAAGCCUGUUGCUGUGAUCACCAAAGUUCGAGAUCUAACGGCGGACCUGACGGAGACACUGGAUCAUGCACAAACGCCCGAUCGAGUUGUGGCGGAAAAGCUGCAAUCUGCCCUGGACCCCCGCUCUCCUGGCAUGUUCCUGCGGACACCUUUGGUGCUGUUGGACGAUUCGGAUGCUUCCAAUGUUAGUUUGAGAGGCAGUUCCAUCGAGUACGAAGAGAUCGACUGCGAUGGCGAACUGUCGUUUAAGGAUUGCACCGCUACGGACAUUUCGGAAGUGCUCAGCGUCGGACCUGAGCGUGGAACUGAUGUAAGUGGCAGCAUUUUCAGCAACACCAGUUUGAACACGGAACUGAAGGCGGACAUUGACAGUAUAAUUCAGAAGUUGUAUGACGCCGGCAGCAUUAAGGACCCUCGGUCGCCAUCGGUUGACAUUCAGAGGACCCCCAUCGUUUUCCAAGAAGAGCAAAUCGUCACCGUGGAAGAAGGCCAGGGCGAAAGUGAAAUGAAAGAAGAAACUGCUAUCGAGCAGCCAAUUGUCGAACAACAGGACGACGCCAUUAAAGCAAAGGAGGAAAAAACUACAACUACCAAGAUAUCAACGAUCGUCCAUCAGGACGAUGAGAUUAGUUCUACCACUACAACGCCGGUGAUGAUCAUCACUCCCAAGCGUAACAAAUCCGAACUGAGUGCACGCAAGGGUGUCACUGGGGCAGCUGGUCCUCGUACGCCUCUAGGUUGCGUUACGAAUGUGCAGCAGGGUGGUGGCACCGGGAACGACGUGCUUCGCAAGACGGCACUGAUUGGCCAGCUGAAACAGAGUGUUGCGGCCGGAAUGGUCGCCAACAGUGCCGAGAUGGUUCCGGCGACCAAGAAGUUACAAACGCGGUCUAAGAUUCCUACCUUUAGGAUGAAGUGAUACAAAUUGGGUUCUGUGCAGGGAUUAUGCAUAAUCAUUGAUUUUUCGGUGAAAUUGUUCAAAUUGGCCGAUUUUUUUAUAUUUCAACUGUCGCAGAAAGUUUGAUAACUGACUUUUUAUUUUAUUAGUGUAUAGAAUAAUUCGGAUAAAAUAAAGCUGUACGUAUACUUUGGACGUAACCGUGAUUUUUUUAA